UUACUGAUUGGUACGAACGGACUACAAUACAACGGGGUAAAUUAAAAAAAACAGUAAUAAAUAAACAAAUGAAAAUGAUUACGAUUAAGCCGUCGACAGCGUGUAGUGGAGACGCUAUUAACCCAACCAGCGACAAAAGCCGUAAAGGAUGCUACACUGCCAACCAGCUAGCCGCUUGUUUCAUUCUUUCUUCCUGCUUUCUUCUACCUUCUUCCCCCAUCGUCCGUAGUAGCUUGAUUCCCUAUGCCGGGUAGGCGGUAGCAUCGCUCUCUGAUCUCACCUACACCGCUACACUUAAACAGCAGGUACCAGGAACAGGCAGGGAUCGGAGAGCUGCUGGCCAUGGAGCCUGGUCCCGACGGGCCUGCUGGUGGCCAAGGAACCAGUGCGCCAGCGGAGGCCGGGCCGUCUCCGUCGUCGUCAUCGGCCGCCGCAGCCGCCUCGUCGUCGAGUCGGAAGCAGGCAGAGCAGCAAGCGCCGCCGCAGCAACAAGCAGGAGCACAGCAGAGGCAACAGCAGGCAGCAAGGGCCCAGCAUCAGGAAGCUCCAGCGCCGCAGGCGGCCCAGGCCCAACCGCAGCCACUGGCGCAGCAGCCUCCGCCGCCUCCUCCUCCAGCGGGGCUGAGCCGGUACGAGUCGCAGAAGCGCCGCGACUGGAACACGUUCCUGCAGUACCUGCGGAACCACAAGCCGCCACUGACGCUGGCCCGCUGCAGCGGCGCGCACGUCAUCGAGUUCCUCCGCUACCUGGACCAGUUCGGCAAGACCAAGGUGCACACCGAGGGCUGCGCCCACUUCGGCCAGCCCAACCCGCCGGCGCCCUGCGCGUGCCCGCUGCGCCAGGCGUGGGGCAGCCUCGACGCGCUCAUCGGCCGCCUCCGCGCCGCGUACGAGGAGUCCGGCGGCCGCCCCGAGUCCAACCCGUUCGCGGCCAAGGCCGUGCGCAUCUACCUCCGCGACGUGCGGGAGGCGCAGGCCAAGGCGCGCGGCAUCCCCUACGAGAAGAGGAAGCGCAAGCGCGGAAGCGCGGCCGCGGCGCCUCCAGUUGCGCCGCCUCCUGUUGUAACUGCAGAGACCGCAGGGACCACGUCAGGGACCGUCUGUGACGAGGAGGAGGAACCAUCGCCGUCUGCAGGUGAUGAACCACAGAAGCAGACCACCACGCCGACGUCCGCCUCGGCUCCUCCUACAAGUACUUCCAGCGCUAGUGCAAGUAGUAGCAGUGCCGCCGCGGCCACCACGUCGACGACGACGACAAGGAAGGAGGAAGAAGGAUCCGCGCCAAGCUCGUGAUAAGUGCAGAUCAUCUACAUAUCAUCACCUCCCAAUUCUAAUCCCACCUCCAUCUUAAAUUUUUAGUUGCCUAUUAUUACUAUAUAUUUUUAUUGCUUAUUGAUAUAAGAGAGGUCUAAGGGACUAGGAUCAUGUUAGGAGUACAUCCAUAUAAAUGAAACAUAUAUAUAUCAGUUCAUUUGAAGAGAAAAAAAUAAAAUAGAUUGCAGGAACAUGAAGUAGUAGGGAAAGAUAAGUUCUCUGUUCCAACUCUCUCUCUCUCUCUCUAACAAAGUUUAUGAAUAAUGAAGAUGUUAAGACAUUCUAGGGUAGAUGAUCAUCACCUAUAUAUGGAACAAAUAAGCUUUUCCGUCUGCUGAUUGGAAAUGAUAUGGGGUCACACUGAUAUGGAUUUCUAGUAUAUGAUGUCUGUGUUCCUGCUUAGCAAGUAAUCAUGAUUGUGUCAGUAGUGCAGCUAGCCUGUGGAGACUCUCAUCAUCCAUUAUUAUAUUCUCUUAAUUAAGCAGUUUAUUUUCCCUCCAUUUUCUGGGUCCCUUGUUUGCGAGCAAGGAUAUUGGAGUGGAUUACAGAGGUUAAAAUUCCCUUAUUUAAAAAAAUGAAUUGGAAGGAGAGAUUUUAGCCCAUCCAAUCUACUUUGAUAUUUUUGCUCUCAAACAAGCUCUUAUAGGACCCACACACCUCUCUAUAUAUACAUAAUAUUUGAACAGUAGUUGUCUAUAUGAACCUCCCCCCUAUCUUAUAUAUACGUAAAUUUUUUAUAUACAACAUUAGUUGCGAUGUCCUUGUAAAACAAAGAAAAUUAAGAGUUCCUUUUUUUGUUUUGACUUCCGCAGAGAAUGAUCAUCAGCACCCUAACUAGCAUACAUAUUUUAAUUGUUUCUUUAACAAUUUGCCUUUGUGUACAGUUGAAAAGAGAAAUGUGUGUGAGUACACCAAACGGUAGCACAUCACAUGUCGGUAUCAAUACGAUAUAUCUGGAUUAAAUGUGCAACAGUGCAUAUAUAUAUAAUGAACAGAAACUUCUCGAAUCCAUAGAAUUGCUUCUCUUGUCAUCAUCUUUACUUAUUUUCCAAGUGCAAAUGCCGUCUCUCUCUCUCGUCCUUUUUCUUUCGGUUUCGUUCCCUUUUUAUUUUUGUUUUCUGGUGAUCUCUCAUCAUCAUCUUUUUGUUCUGGCUGGCAGCAUGAUGAGAUGAUAUGUCAUGUUGUCUUGAUCAUUUGUGUACCUGUAUUUGGAGUUUCUAUUGUACCCGACGGUGCAUUGUUUA